AUGUCAAUUAUCAUACCUCGUUCAGAACCUCCUCUACAAUUGAUGACUAAAACCAAGACUCACAAUGAAGAAGACCCUUUGGUUUUUAACGCUUCAAUCCUUCAAUACCAAUCAAACAUACCCUCAGAAUUCGUUUGGCCCGACCAUGAAAAGCCAUGCUCAGGACCACCAGAACUUGUGAUCCCUCCCAUUGAUUUGAAGGGCUUCUUCAGUGGAGACAGUUUGGCAAUCUCCAAUGCAAUUCAACAAGUAAAUGAGGCAUGCAAAAAGCAUGGUUUUUUCCUUGUUGUCAAUCAUGGGAUUGAUUCCCAACUCAUCGCAAAAGCUCACGAGUACAUGGACUUGUUCUUCGGAAUGAGACUCUCAGAGAAGCAGAGGGCUCAGAGAAAAAUUGGUGAACACUGUGGAUAUGCCAGCAGUUUCACCGGCAGGUUCUCAACCAAACUUCCAUGGAAGGAAACCCUUUCUUUCAGAUACUGCGCCCGCGGGCAGUUUCCAGACAUUGUUGAGGACUACUUUGUGAAUGUAAUGGGUGAAGAUUUCAGACAAUUGGGGAAGGUUUACCAAGAAUACUGUGAAGUCAUGAGCAACCUUUCACUUGGAAUCAUGGAAUUACUUGGAAUGAGCCUAGGGGUUGGCAGAGAGUUUUUCAGAGAAUUCUUCCGCGGAAACGAUUCGAUUAUGAGAUUAAAUUACUACCCAAUUUGCCAAAAACCAGAUCAAACACUAGGGACUGGUCCGCACUGUGAUCCGACUUCCUUAACAAUCCUUCAUCAGGACCAUGUUGGUGGCCUUCAAGUUUUUGUAGACGAAAAAUGGCACAACAUAAGUCCAAAUCCGGACGCUUUUGUUGUCAACAUUGGCGACACUUUCAUGGCUCUAUCAAAUGGGAUUUACAAGAGUUGCUUGCAUAGAGCAGUGGUAAACAGCAACACAGUGAGGAAAUCUCUUGCUUUCUUUCUCUCACCAAAGAUGGAUAAGUUAAUAAUUCCACCAAGAAGUUUGGUCAGUCCAAACACUCCAAGGAUGUAUCCUGAUUUCACAUGGUCUUCUCUGCUUGAAUUUACUCAAAAACAUUACCGGGCAGACAUGAAAACCCUCAAUGCUUUCACUGAAUGGAUUUCACAAAAUAUCAACUGA